GGAAACAGUCACCCGGAAACUGUUAUUGACGGCUGAAGACUUUUAAAACUUUAUAGAUAGAAUUUUAUUACUGGUCUUUUAGAUUUAUCUUUUAAGUAAAUCAUCCAAAUGGAAAAAAAGUAUUGCGCCAAGCAUACUUCUUUAUUGUGCCUUCAAAUUGUUACUUCAAAUAAAGAGAAGUCAAAACCUUCAUUGCACUAUGUCUGCAGUGACAAGAAAUGUGAUUUUUCGAUGCCUUCAAACGAACCUUUCCAUGAUUGCCCCAAACAUCCUGGCAGACGAGUUCUAUUAAAGAAGUAUGUAACAGUGGAUGAUAAACAAAUAUUAAGGUUUCAAUGUUCUUUGGGGCGAGCGAAUGAAAUCUGGUGUGGAUUAUUCCCAGGAGAUAGAGUAAAAUUCAAUUAUUAUAAAGAGAAAGGUUCCAAUCCAGGAUCAGUCCAAGAUAAAAUGUCAGAAGUAAAAGUAAUUGAGAGUGAUCUUAGUGAGAGGAAGAACAAUGGUGCGGGAAUAAUAUUAUUAAAUUCAAACGAAGCACCAAAGGCUGAUACUUUUAUGAAGACAAUUCAAAGUCAUGGUCAAUAUUACAAUGGUCGAAUGAAUGCUGAAAAAUUAACAACUAUCAGAAAAGUCACAAAUGAUGCCUUAAUGAGUUUACAUAACCAAUUGGAAUUGUGUCCAAAGGCCGAAGAUUUUUGUUCGGAGCCCGAAGGUUUAAAACAUUCUUUAAUGUCUCAUCAAAAGCAAGCUAUUGCUUGGAUGAGAUGGAGAGAAAAACAAAUGCCUUCCGGUGGAAUUCUAGCUGAUGAUAUGGGUCUCGGCAAGACUUUAACAGUUAUUGCAUUGGUGUUAAAAGAUCUACAAAAAAGGCAGAAAAAAGAAACAAAAACAUAUUCUCCAACACUGGUUGUCUGUCCCGCGUCGGUGGUUCAUCAAUGGAAUACGGAAAUUAAUAAUCACGUGGUACCAAAAAAUCGUCCAUCCGUAAUAAUAUACCAUGGGGCAUCGAGAGAAAGACAAAUUGAUAUUCUUUCACAAGCAGAUAUUGUUUUAACAACUUAUUCAUUGGUGGGACGUUGUUCAUCCGAUACGAAAUCUCAAGGAAAUUUAUCGGAUAUUGAGUGGAGAAGAAUCGUUCUAGAUGAAGGACAUGUUAUUAGAAAUUAUAAAACUGAAAGUGCAAAAGGAGUUUGUAAUUUGACUGCAAAGUAUAGGUGGAUUUUAACGGGAACACCAAUACAGAACAAUUUGGUCGAUAUGUACUCCUUGCUAAAAUUUUUACGUUUCUCGCCUUUCGACGAAUAUGAAUUAUGGAAAAGACAAGUUCAAAAUUACGGAACAAAAAGAUUAAACGUCAUAGUAAAAGCAAUCUUACUUAGGAGAACAAAGCAACAAACGGAUAACAACGGCCAACCUUUGGUCAAUCUUCCAGAGAAAACAAUUAAAAUUCAUAAAUUAACAUUAUCAGAAAGGGAAAGAAAAAUUUAUGAUCAUAUUUUUCAAAAAUCUAAAUCCUCGCUUAUGGACUAUUUGGGUAUAAGAGAACAAAGGGAGUUGGAUGCCAACAUGAAGAGCAAAACGAAAUUAGAGAAAUCUGCCGAAAAAGAAAAUUUGGCAGCUGAUAUGAAGCUACCUUCGGAGCUACCUGAUACGAAGAAAGAAGUCAUUAACACAACGCAAUUCUCUUCACGACAAGCUGGAACACAAAUUUUAACAUUACUUUUACGAUUGCGACAAAGUUGUUGUCACGGUAAUCUAUUAUCGAACAAGCUAGAAGAAAAUCCAUCGGAGGAUGUUGAAUUAGAUAUUGUUGCACAAAUGCAACAUUUAUCUGUUAAAGAUCAAAAGAAAACUGAUGACAAUUUCGUCUCAUCUAACGGAAUUCCUACGAUGUCGGAACGUAGUUCUAAAAUUGAUGCUCUUAUGAAUCAUAUUGAAGAUAUACGUAGAAAAAAUGAAAGAUGUGUUGUUGUUUCUCAGUGGACUUCAAUGCUAUUAAUAGUGGAACAACACCUGAAGAAGGAUCAAAUAAAAUAUGCAACAAUAAACGGUAGUGUUCCACCUAAAGAGAGAUCUGUCAUUGUUGAUUUAUUUAAUGCUGAGAGAGGAGCUGAAGUUCUGUUGCUGUCCUUGCAAGCUGGGGGUGUUGGUCUUAAUUUAAUAGGCGCUAAUCAUCUCUUUUUGAUGGAUAUUCAUUGGAAUCCAGCUUUAGAAGCUCAAGCAGCCGAUAGAAUUUAUAGAGUAGGACAGAAAAGAAAUGUAUUCAUACAUAGGUUCUUUUGUGAGAAUACUGUUGAAGAAAGGAUAUCCAGAUUACAAGAACAAAAGAAGAAAUUAGCAGAAAAUGUUCUAUCGGGAACGAAAACUGUAUCUCAAAAAUUAACUAUGCGUGAUUUAAGAAUGUUAUUUGGAUUAAGCGAAGGAGAAAUGCCCAGAAUCCCGCUACUUUCCAAUCAACAAAAUCAAACAGCAUUAAAAGCUCAAUAG